AUGCUCUCCCCGAAUCUGUGGCUACAAGAGACAUGGGCGCAGAUUGCCACGACCUACAGCCCGUUACAGAUUGAGAUUACGGGGACUGUAGUCGUGCAACUGCUCACCUUUUAUCUUCCGUGUGCAAUCUAUAUGUCUCUCCCGAAACUUUUCCCUGCAUUUUCGGAGAGACACAAGCUGCAAAAGCAGGAGAAGCAGCCCACGCGUGCCCAAAUCCUCGACGCCGUCUUUGUCGUCUCUCGGAACCAACUCAUCGCAUUUGGAAUCCAAUUCCUUGGUGUGUGGAUUCGGCAGCAGCAUGGUCUGCCUUGCAUCUACGACGUCUCGCCAACGUUCCCCACUCUCCAAAUCUUUGUGCGCGAUUUCGCGAUUGCGCUCAUCAUACGCGAAGCCUUGUUUUAUUACCUGCACCGACUCUUCCACGCCAAAAGGCUGUACCCGUACAUCCACAAGAUUCACCAUCGGUUCACGGCUCCCGUCGCAUUGGCAGCGCAAUAUGCGCAUCCAGUUGAGCACAUCUUGGUGAAUGUACUUCCGGUUGUGCUUCCAAAUGCGCUCCUACGAUCGCACAUUCUCACCUUUUGGGCGUUUCUUGCCGCGAUGCUCAUCGAAACGUCGACGGUCCACUCGGGCUAUGAUUUCUGGCCUCAUUUGGCGGAGAAGCACGAUAGACAUCAUGAGGUCUUUAUCUGGAACUUUGGUGCGUGCUUGGACUGGUUUGACUGGAUGCACGGAACAAAGGAGAAGCAAAAGGUCCAGAAUGCAUUCACGGACCGCAAUGAAAAAAAGAAGAGCUAG